AUGGCGACCCCAAGCUUCGUUUCCAGGCCAUCCAAAAGUCAAUAUGUGAGACUCCGAAUACAUCAUCGGGGAAGUUUUGUCGAAAACCCAGUGAAGCUAUAUGUUGGUGAGGUUAUUACUGAGAUGGAUUGGGACUGGGAUGUGGACUACCUGUCUUAUAUGCAAAUUGAAGAAUUGAUCAAGGCUCAGGGGUAUUUUAACAUAAAGUGUGUGUGGUAUUGGAAUCCAUCCUUUGCAUUUUCCCGUGGACUUAAGCCGUUGAACAAUGAUAGCGACGUUAUAAGGUUUGUGGAAGACGUUAGAGGAUUUAAAGUCGUUGAUAUUUACGUUGAGCACAAGGUUGAAGAAGUUAGUAUUGAUGAUUUUAUUAUUGAGGAGGAAGUAAAUGUGGAUGUUGAGGUUAAUAAUGAGGUGGAAGUUAAUGUUGAGGAAAAUGUGGAGAUUUCGGUUGAUAACGAGAAGGAAGUAAAUGAUGAAGAAAAUGUGGAGGUUGAGGUUGACAACGAGAAGGAAGUAAAUGCUGAGGAUAAUGUGGAGAUUUCGGUUGAUAACGAGAAGGAAGUAAAUGAUGAAGAAAAUGUGGAGGUUGAGGUUGACAACGAGAAGGAAGUAAAUGCUGAGGAUAAUGUGGAGGUGGAGGUUGAUAACGAGAAGGAAGUAAAUGCUGAGGAUAAUGUGGAGGUGGAGGUUGAUAACGAGAAGGAAGUAAAUGCUGAGGAUAAUGUGGAGGUGGAGGUUGAUAACGAGAAGGAAGUAAAUGCUGAGGAUAAUGUGGAGGUGGAGGUUGACAGUGAUAGUGAAUCUGAUCCUGAUUAUAAGAUGAGUAGUGAGGAAGAUGAGGAGGACGAUGAAGCUAUUUUUGAUGAGUUGGAUUUAGGUAGUGAUACUGUAAUUGAUUGGACGACAAUUCUCCCUACGGUUCCUACACAAAACCCUUCAAGGCUGGAUGUUAUUUCUGAUAAUGAUAGUUGUGAUUCAGAUGUGCUUCGUACUCCACCGGAUAGUGAUGCUGAAGAUGCGAUAAAGGAGUAUCCAACUUUCAAGGAAUCCACAAAACUUGAAUUAGGGAUGAUGUUUAAGGAUAAAAAACAAAUCAAAGAUGCCAUCAAGGAGUUUGCAUUGGAGAAAAAUAAGAGUCUUGUGAUCAAGAAAAAUGACAAGAGGAGAGUUGUUGUCAAAUGUAUUGAAGGAUGUCCAUUUCAUAUUAGGUUUAGCAUGAGGUCUACCAAUCAAUUUUGGCAAGUUGUUAGCUUCAUUGAUCAACAUAAUUGUCAUAGGACAGCCAAGAAUAGACAAGCGACGACACAAUGGUUAGCUCGUAAAUUUGUGGAUACGUUAAGACACACUCCUGAAAUGAAAAGUAAAGGACUAGUUGCAGAAUGUCUUCAAAGAUGGGGGGUAAAGUUAUCAAGUCAUCAAGCAUAUAGAGCCAAGAGGAAGGCAAUAGAAUUGAUUCAAGGUGCUGGUCGCGAACAGUUUAACCAUCUAAGGAGUUACGCCGAGGAGUUGUUAAAGUCAAAUCCAAACUCUACUGUUAUAAUUAAGUGUGUUGAUUCAGAUUCUGGUCCUGUAUUUGAAAGAAUAUACGUAUGCUUAGAAGCUUGUAAGGCAGCCUUUGCAACUACAUGUAGGCCUUUAAUAGGAUUGGAUGCGUGUUUUCUAAAAGGGGAUUAUGGAGGUCAGUUAAUAGGGGCAAUUGGUAAGGAUGGAAAUAACAAGAUUUAUCCAAUCGCUUAUGCUGUCGUGGAAGCUGAAACGAAGGACUCUUGGCAGUGGUUCCUUAACUUAUUACUUGACGACUUAAAUUCCGUUCAACAAAACGAUUAUGGCUUUAUAUCCGAUCAACAGAAGGGUUUGGUACCGGCUAUUCUAGAGACAAGCCAACAUGUUGAACACCGGCUGUGUGUUAAACACUUGUAUGGUAAUUGGAGGAAAAAAUAUCCUGGGAUAAUAAUGAAGGAAGUGCUAUGGAGGGCAGCUAGGGCCACAACAAUAUCUGGAUGGCAAAGAUCAAUGAAUUACAUGAAAGAGCUGAAUCCUAAUGCUUGGAAAGACAUGAUGGAUGUGCCUGCAGCAAGUUGGAGUAGGUCUCAUUUCAAGACUAACACACAAUGCGAUUUACAAGUCAACAAUAUGUGUGAAGCUUUUAAUCGAGCAAUUUUGGAGUAUAGAGACAAGCCGAUUAUUUCAUUGCUGGAAGGAAUCAAACAUUACAUAACAGUUAGAAUUUCCACUCAAAAGGAGAAGUUAGGUAGAUACAAAGGUGUAAUCAGUCCUAACAUUCAAAAAGUCUUGGAAAGAACAAAGAGGGAAGCUGAAGGCUGGAUUGCGACAUGGCACGCCGAUGAUGACUUUGCUAUAUUUGGGGUUUCAAACGGUGUCGAGACGUAUCCUGUUAAUUUGCUGCAAAGGAGGUGUGGCUGUAGGAGAUGGGACUUAACCGGAAUUCCAUGUUGCCACGCUAUCUCGUGCAUAUGGUUUGCCAAGAAAGAGCCCGAAGAAUUUGUUUCAUCGUUUUAUCGGAAAUCUACUGUGUUGGCUACUUAUAGCCAUAUCGUAAUGCCAACCAAUGGGCCUCAACUAUGGCCGGUGAAUGUUUCUCAUCCAAUCAACCCUCCAUUCAUGAGGAGGUCUAUCGGUCGUCCAAAAAAGAAUCGCAACAAGGCAAAUGAUGAACCAAGAGCAAGAAAUACGCUGCCUAGAAGUCUACAAACUGUGAAGUGCAAAAAAUGCGGUAGUUUUGGCCAUAACAAACGAACGUGUAAAGGAAAGAGAGCGGCGGAGAGAGCGAUUCCUAAAGGUGGAAAUAAAAAGGCGAAAAAGAAGGUUGACAAAGUGGCUGGACAAACGGUCAUUGAAGGAGGAUCCCAAGCACCGCCAUCAACCCAAGAAUAG